UUCUGUCCACUUUCUUGUUUUUGUUCUUUGCGUAGUCCAAAGUCAAAGUCUUCCCCCACUAAAAUAAUGAGGAAAUAAAGAAGAGAGGGAGAAAUCGGUAAAAACCCACUGUGGCCCGAUUUCAGAUUUCAUUCCCAUUUUAGUUUUUCUAUCCCUUUCGUUUUGAUCCAAGGGAAAACGAGAAUUCACAAGCUCGCAGAUUUCUCACGCGGUGAGAUUGAGAGAGUUCCGCCAUGGAAUUGAAGUAUCUUUUCGUCUUUCCCUUCUUGGUCCUGGCAUUCUUUCCCGAUUCGUCUCGCUCUGCUAUCCCUCGGUGGCUUGGUGAACGGAAAACGCGGGGAUCGGUGAUCCGAAUGAAGAGAAGUGGAUCUUCAGCCGGUGUCGAUCCUACUCGGGUCACACAGCUGUCAUGGAGGCCAAGGGCUUUUCUCUAUAAGGGGUUUUUGUCUGAUGAGGAGUGUGAUCAUCUUAUGAACUUGGCGAGGGACAAGCUUGAGAAGUCGAUGGUGGCCGAUAAUGAGUCUGGUAAGAGUAUAGAGAGCGAAGUCCGGACGAGCUCGGGAAUGUUUCUUGGGAAAGCUCAGGAUCAAGUUGUUGCUGAUAUUGAAGCUAGGAUAGCUGCAUGGACCUUCCUUCCUGCGGAAAAUGGAGAGUCCAUUCAAAUAUUACACUAUGAGCAUGGUCAAAAGUAUGAACCUCAUUAUGAUUAUUUCCAUGACAAGGCUAAUCAAGAGUUAGGUGGCCAUCGGGUCGCUACCGUGCUGAUGUAUCUGUCUAAUGUAGAGAGGGGAGGAGAAACAGUUUUCCCUCACGCAGAGGGGAAGUUAUCUCAAACUAAGAGUGAUGACAUUUCGGAUUGUGCUAAAAAUGGUUAUACCGUGAAACCCAUGAAAGGUGAUGCCUUGCUGUUCUUCAGCCUUCAUCUGAAUGCGACCACGGACACUAGCAGCUUGCACGGGAGCUGUCCUGUCAUCGAAGGCGAGAAAUGGUCCGCAACCAAGUGGAUCCACGUGAGGUCUUUCGACAAGACAACAAGGAGCUCAGCUGCUGGAGAAUGCAAGGACGAGAAUGUCAGCUGCCCUGUGUGGGCUAGGGCCGGCGAGUGCCAGAAGAACUCUCUCUACAUGGUUGGGUCCGAAGAUGCUUACGGAUUUUGCAGGAAGAGCUGCAAAGUAUGCUCGUCGUAGAGUAAGGAGUGGCUUCUAUGUCUACCUUUCACUUUCUCAUUUUACACUGUCAAGAGAAUCAUAGGCGUGAACUGAUGUAUAUAAACAUCGAGAGCUAUGUUCCCCAGUGGCGCCAUAGUCACAGAAAUCUACCUCCCAAGCUUUUUGUAGCUGUAUAUGUAUCUGAUGGGAUCGUAAUUGUGGGUUUCUUUCAAGCCCAGAUAAGACAACAGUGGUUCAUGUUAAGAAAGUAUUACUCCAUGGAUAA